AUCGCGUGGAGAGAGAGGAUGCAGUCAAAAGAUGCAGAGUCAAUCAAUGGCUGCAGUGCAGGAAGCGAUUCUAGAAGGCAGAGACAAUUGUUGACUGUCCUAUUGGACCGGGGAGUUGAGGUGAAUGCCAGGAAUGGAGAUGGUUUCACUGCCCUCCACGUGGCGGCCAUGUGGGGCAGGGAGGGGAGCCUGAGACAACUGCUGAGCAGAGGGGCUGACCCUCUCAUUGUCGAUAACGAGGACAUGACUGCAUUGGAGUGCGCUGAGGGUGAAGGUCACUGGCCGUGUGCGGCACUACUGCGCAACUGGAGACCUCUGGUGUCGAAAGAGAACAACUCAAUCUCUGCCAACUGUCGCUGUGGCUCACCCUCAUAUCCAACCAAGACCCACCCUCUCUCUCCUCCCUCUCCCCUCCCUGCUGGUGACGACACGGUGGACCAGAGCAUGGCUGAGACCUUCGUGUCCAUGUACCUCGACAUGACUCAGGUGCCAGGUGACCUGACAGAAGUAACAGAGCUGUCACACCUCACUGAAAGCCCUUCUCUCCUGGAAAUCCUCACCCCCAACAACCUGAAACUGCCUCCCAACACUCCCCACCAUCACUCAGAGCACACCUCCACCACCACUCCAGACACUGAGACCAAUGACUCUGAAAAUGCUAUCAGUAACUGCUACUCACCACCAACAGUCCCCAAGUCUUCCUGUGUCCGUAGACUUGACCUCACUUACCGUCUAGCUGCAUCUAACAAUGAAGCCCACUCUGACUUGGAUGAAGAACUGUUUACUACCGCCAUUGAGCCUCACUCCCCUCCUCUCUCUUCUCCCUCUCCUGCCUCACCCACACCUUUCCUUGCUGAAUCCUUGAGAAAGAUCCAGCUGAGGAGACAAGUCCUCAACUCAAUCUCAUCACAGCCCCCAACAAACAAGUCGCCCCGUACCCUCGCUUCCUCUUCUCCAACCUCUGUCUCGCUUCAAAAGAACCGUUCUGAAGCCCUAUCCCUCUACGUACGUGCUCAUUCUCUCACCUCACAACCCAAAUCCUCCUCUUGCACCAAGACCAAGCCGGCAGAGAGUCAGUCUUACCUGCGUUGGCCUCUCGUGGAGCGACUUUCUCUCACACCGGCUGUCCUCUCCAGCGACUCAGACUCAAGUCACGUGUUUGAGUCUCGUUCCCUCGGCGUCCCGCCACGCCUCCAGAAACUGACCAAUCAGGAGCUGCGAGGGGAGCUGCUGGCCCGAGGAGAGCAGCCGGGGCCCGUCACUGACAGCACGCGGUGUGCCUAUCUCGUCUACCUGGCCAAACUGGAGGCAGGCAUCCAGCCUUCUGGAAACACCGGUUAUAAAGGCUACAAGUAUGAGCUGGCUCUGGUUCUCAAUGGCACUGCCCCAAUCCCCGACUUCUCCUCUCUGGAACACCAAGUCUUCCAUCGCUUCCGAGCGUCUCGUCUGCCCAGCUCACCCCUCCGCACCCUCCCCUCCAUCACCUCCCCCGCCUUCCCCCUCCCCCUCUCCCUCUCCCGUACCCCUCCCACCUCCCCUCGCUCCAAGCGAGAUUGGUCCACGAAAACACACUUCAACUAUCUACUGGUGGACCCUACCAAACUGGGAACACUUUGUCGUGGAGAGAAGAGUCUGCAAGGUUUCAGAAAGUUUGUCGAGGCCGUGUUUUACGUCGGUAAGGGAAAGAACGCGAGGUCACUCCAGCAUUUGAAAGACGCCAGAGAUAAGCUGAACCUUCCCCAGAACAGGUCAGGCCAGGGGGUGGUGUCUCUCCACGUGUUCCACAACACCACCGCGGAGGAGGCCUUCUGCAGAGAGGCCUGCAUGAUCAACACCAUCGGGCUGGAUGUGCUAACCAACAAAGCAGAGAGGUUCAUUGUACGGGGAGAUGGCCAGCUGGAGUUCCAGCAGGAGACGGCAGUUUGGAGUAUAUCUACUCCACAAGGCAUUCCUCUCUUACCUCCUUGACCCUCCCCAGCCUGUGGGACUGGACGACCUUUGAACCCCGAGCUCUAUUCAACACAGUCUCAGUUUUCUCCUUCCUUUGCACAUGCACACAGUGUACAGGUUUUAUAUUAUAUCAGUGUCUUUUUGCCUGAAAUGAAUAUUUGCAGUUCCGUAUAAUUUCAUAUAUUCAUUCUCAUUUUUGUAAAGUCAUUAUUAACGCUGAAUGUGUUUUGUAUAUACAAGAAAAAGGACAAACGAUUGG